AUGGGGUGCCCAGACCGUCCGCCGCCGCCGCACCGGCUGGACUCCAGGAGCGCCGCUGGAGCGCCGACGGCAGCCGAGCUGCACCGACCCCUCUCCAGCAGCGCGGAGUCGCGAGCCGUGCGCUCCAGGUUUACAAGGAACAAGAUGAAGGCGUUUUCCUGCAUCAAGAAUGAGGUGUGCGACUCGGACAGCCUGGGGACGUCGGACCAGCGGUCCUGGGUUCGGCUGCUGGUGCGCGCCAUGGACGCGGGCGACGCGGCCCAGCUGCGCCGCCUGCUCGCCACGGAGUGCGCCGCGGGGCCGGACGCCGUGCUCUCUCCAGACGGCGACACGGCGCUCAUGCACGCCUGCCGGCUCGACCCGGAUGCCGUCGAUGCAGGGGAGGUGGUGAGCACGCUGCUGGAGGCGGGGGCGGAGCCCAACCGGCGCGACUGCAGCGAGAGGUCGGCGCUGCACCACGCCGCCUACACCUCCAACGACGUGGCGCUGGCGCUGCUGCUCGAGCACAAGGGCACCGACAUCAACGCCGUCGACGACGAGGGUAGCACGGCGCUGCACUUCACGGCGGCGCCCUCGUGGACGAUCCGGAACCGCGAGCGCCACCUCCGCUGCAUCCGCCUGCUGGUGCGCGAGCCGCGCUUCGAGGUGAACCGACCCGACGGCCUGGGCCAGACGGCCAUCGCCACCGCCGUCCAGCUGCACUACGACGACCGCAUCAAGGUGAUGCUGGAGGAGGGCGCGGGCCGCGUCAACGUGGACUACUCGCGCGCCGUCAACGGGCGGCUGGUGCGCGACGCCAUCGCGGCGCGCUUCCCGCAGCUGCGGCGGCUGCUGCCGGCGCCGCACGAGGAGGACCCGGCCUGCGGCGACCCGCAGCGCCGCCUGCUCGCCGCCAUGCAGCAGCGGGACGUCGACACCUUCUUCCAGCUGCUGCAGCUGCAGGACUCCAACAAGGGCUGCCGGUCGGUGGACCCAAACCACGUGUACGGUGACCCCUACUACAGCACGUGUCUGGAGAUGGCUUGCCGGCGGCGCGGGGACGAGGAGUUCGUGAGGGCGCUGCUGCAAGGCGGUGCGGACCCGGACACGCGGAACGAGUUCUCCGGCGUGCCGGUGGUGCAGCAGGCGGUGGAGAACGGCUGCGUGGCCGCGCUGGAGGUGCUGCUGGGAGAGGGCGGCGCGCAGCCCGGCGCCCGCGACCCCGCCAGCCACACGGCGCUGCACGUGGCGGCCCAGCGGCAGUGCUCCACCAGGGCCGACACCAGAGACGUUGUCAGGUGCGUGUCGCUGCUGCUGGACUGCGAGGGCACGCUGGGCCCGGGCCCCGGCGCCGCGGUCGACGUGGACGCGCAGGACCAGUUCGGCGACACGGCGCUGCACGACGCGGCCCCGCUGCUGCGCAACCAGGAGGGCGAGCCGCCGCUAGCCUUCAUCGACGCCGGCACGCUGCGCGCCUUCCUCGACGAGCAGCUGCAGAGCAACGGGCUCUCCCCGCAGGGCGACGACUACCAGCUGAUCUUCAAGUACGACUUCCUGCGCGGCCGGCCGUCGCUGCCGGGCAAGACGCCCCGCGAGAUGGAGCCGCUGGUGUACAUGAGCCGCUCGGAGAGCCUGCGCGCGCUGCUCGCGCACCCGGUGCUGACCGCCUUCCUGCACCUCAAGUGGCACACGGUGCGCGCCUUCUACUACGUCAACCUGGCCGCCUACACCGCCUUCGCGCUGCUCAUGACCGCCUACAUCGUGCUGCUCACCGGCGGCGCCGUCGACGAGAGGGUGAUGCGCUGCAUCUUCAACAAGUCCUGCCUGUCCGCCGUGCUGUCCCACAUCGCGCCCGUCGCGGUUCUGGCCGUCAAGUCUGCAGCGAACGUGACCGCCGCACCACCAGCAGUGGUGGCGGAGACGACCGCCAGCUCGCCACCAAACGACACCGAAGUGGAGCUGGUGCGGAACGUCUACCUGGCUCUCGUCAUCAUAAGCGUGCUGAUCGGUCCGCUGAUGGCGGCGCUGGUGGCGCGGGAGCUGGUGCAGCUGGUGUCUUCGCCCCGGCGCUACGUGGCGCAGGCCGAGAACUACCUGGAGCUGGUGGUGCUGGUGUGCUCGGCCGCCACGCUCUGCAACGGCUCGCUCUCCAUUUACGCGGAGCGCCACCUCUGCGCCAUCACCGUGCUGCUCAUAUGGACUGAGCUCAUCGUCAUGACCGGCAAGCUGCCCUACCUCUCCAUACAGCUAGAGAUGCUCAAGAAGGUGACGGGCACGUUCGCGCGCUUCAUGGCGUGGUACUCGCUGCUGAUCGCGGCGUUCGCGCUCAGCUUCUACACCAUGUUCCACGAGGACGGCGGCGACGGCGCGGGCGGCGACGGCGACGCCUUCUUCCGCGCGCCCGGCCUCACGCUGGUGCGCACCGUGGGCAUGCUGGCCGGAGAGUUCGAGAUGUCCAGCAUCCCGUUCCACCUGGCGCCCGGCACCAGCCACGUGGUGUUCGUGGUGUUCGUGCUGCUGGUGACCAUCGUGCUGCUGAACCUGCUGAACGGGUUGGCCGUGUCGGACACGAACGCGAUCCGCGAGGACGCUUCCGUGCUCAGCCUGGUCACCAUGGUGCAGCUCAUCGCCUUCUACGAGGAGACGCUGCACAAGCUGGGCUCACGCUGCCAUUUACCGGAGUUUGCUACCAAAUUCAUCCGUCGCCGUCACACAAUUUUUGAUCCGGACCUGCCGCACAGACAGGUGCACGCGUUUCCAGCGAGUCGCGAGGUGAAGUUUCUGCUGGACGCCGAGACGACGGAGUGGUUCUCCAGCUACCGCGCCAGUCGCGACGUGCGUCGCGCAGCUGCUGCGCUGGUCACGGAAGUGCACGAGGCCGGCGACGCGAACCAGCACGUGGUGGACAAGGUGGCCGCCUGCGAGCGCUCCGUCCAAUCCGUGGUGCAGGCUCAGCGCGACCUGGCGCGCCUCCUCAGGCAGGCCGUGGCCACCAUGCAGGAAAUGCGGCGCAGGGGACUCCACGACGACAGUGACUAGGGGCUCCGUCUCGAUCAACUGCCGGCACUGACGUCUGAAGGCUCCGGUCUGUAGGUGUCACAAUGUGGGCUCACCUACCAUGGCAGAGUGUUCCAGGACGACAUCGACUAUGGGCUCCAUCCAGAUCAACUACUGCCACUAUCAUCCGAAGAGUCCAGUCUGCAGGUGAAACACUGUGAGUUCACCCACUGUGUGGCAGGGUGUUCCAGUCGACAGCGACUAUGGGCUCCAUCCAGGUCAACUACCGCUACUAGCGUCCAAAUGUUCCAGUGUGUAGGAGUCCCAAUGUGGGCUCAUCUACUGUGGCAGGGAACUCUGGGACGACAGCGACUACUGACUCCAUCCAGGUCAACUACUGCCACUAUCAUCCAAAGACUCCAGUCUUCAGGUGAAACACUGUGAGUUCACCCACUCUGUGGCAGGGUGUUCCAGGACGACAGAGACUAUGGGCUCCAUCCAGGUCAACUACUGCCACUAUCAUCCAAAGCUUCUAGUUUGAAGGUGUUACACUGUGAGUUCACCUACUGUGGCAGGGUGUUCCAGGACGACAGUGACUACGGGCCCUGUCCAGCUCAGCUACCUCUACUAGUGUCCAGUAUCACAUCGUGAGCUUAUCUACUGUGACUGAUGAUUCCACAGCGACAGUAACUGGGGGGUCCUGCUAGCCCAAUGGCCUUUUCUAGAAUUUGUCCCACUUUGGGUCUUGUCAACCAUCACUAGGAACUCCUGGCACAAUUACAGUGUCUGUAGCCUGCGGUCUGUAGGCCUCUCACAGAGCGGCUUGUUAUCUGUGACGUCACUGGAAGAGUCGCCAGUAGGUUUAUUAUAGUGUCACAAAUAAUCUUUCACUCUUCAUGGGAUUUACCCUCUUGUGAAACUUUAUUGCAUAUUAGAACUAUCUGCCAUACAGGAGCCUGCAACUUCACUUUUGCUUUUGCUGGAUGAAGUUCUUACAGGGUGAAAUACCCAUACCUCUUUGGUUUCCAGAGGAUCUGCUAUUUCGACUUCUCUUAAUUCCGGGAGCGCCCCUCGCCGAAAUUUCCGCACUGCCAUCUGGGCUAUCCCAGACCCCGAUGAAAGCACUGCGGACGCUUCUGAUCUCACGAAACGAUCGAAUCCGUAGUUGAUCUAGAAACAUUUCCCAGAUAUGAAUAUUAUUUGAAGAUUCUAAUUCAGAGGUAAAGGAUGAACCAGCUGAUAUCUAAU